AUGACGGCCAUAGGAAGGUGCCUCGUUAUCAUCAACUUGAUGUGUUUGUUUUGUGAAACUCGACUCGUGACUACCAGCAUAUCUAGCUCUUCAAAACUUGAAGAACAAGUACAAGCCAAUGGAACCCGAUGUGAUGUAGAUGGUCAGUUGCCUACUUCACCAUUAUUCUUUGAUUCCAGCGAACCAUGUUCUAGAACAUACAAUGCAAGAGCAACAGAAAAUGUAGACCACUCCUGCAACGUAAAAAGAGUACGACGUACCUCUGAAAGGAAAUUAAAAAAGUCACGCCAAGAACGCGGAUAUAAUGUCCAGAAGUCGCAGCCGCGGAAAUUAUGCCCAACAAAGACAACGUACGGCAUUAAAAGUACAGCAGAAGACAUGUAUGGUGAAAAAGUUACCGUUCAUCCUUACAUAAAUAUAGGAAAUCUGCAUGAAGAUCAACUCUUCUACGAAUCUUUCUGCGAUGUCGAAAGGUGCCAGUGCGAUGGCGUGGACAACAAAUAUUUCCAAUCUUUCUGUCAGACCACAUUCAGUCUCUCAUAUGGGAGGAUUAUUAAAGGCGGCAAAACUGGCUGGAGUAUGAUUAAACUCCGAUCAGGAUGUGUAUGUGUGGUUAGACAGAAAAAGAAAGGUUUCGUUCGUCGUAAUGGAAACAAAUAA